AAGUAAACUAUGAAUUCAGAAAUUUCGACUACUCCAAAAACGAACGAUGAAGAUAUUGAAAAAUCGAAGAAAAGGAAAACAGAUCAAUUUGAGCAGAAAAGUAAAAAGAUAUGUACUAAGGAUAUACGUCGCGGAAUUAAUAAACCGUCGACUGAAGAAACCGAUUAUUAUUUCGAUAAUUAUCUAAGAAAGGUCUAUCCUUAUUAUUUCACUUACACAACGCAUUGCAAAGGACGUUGGGUUGGAAAACGUCUCAUAGAUGUUUUUAGUGACGAAUUCCGUGCUCAUUCUAAAGAGGAAUAUGAAAAAAAUAUCAGAUCCGGCAAUAUAAAAAUUAACGAUAAAAGUAUAAGUGCUGACUAUGUAUUUAAAGAAAACGAUAAAGUCACAAACAGAGCCCAUAGACAUGAAACACCUGUUGCUGCAGCUCCAAUUAGAAUAAUCCAUUCGAGUAAUGAAUUUGUAGUAAUCGAUAAACCUCCAUCAGUACCUGUUCACCCAUGUGGUCGAUAUCGUCACAACUGCUUAUUAUUCAUUUUGGCAAAAGAGCAUAACUUGGGUGAAUUGUAUUCUGUCCAUCGUCUUGAUCGCUUAACCUCGGGUAUAUUAGUCUUUGCAAAAACUAUCAGGCGGUCUCAAGAAAUCAAUGAGCAAAUAAGAGAAAGAAAAGUAAACAAGGAAUAUGUAUGUCGAGUUGAGGGGAAAUUUCCUGAUGGUGAAAUAACUUGCAAAGAGCCCAUUGAGGUAAUUUCUCCUAAGAUGGGGAUAUGUAUUGCUAGUUCAAAUGGCAAAGAAUCUGAAACCGUUUUUGAACGAAUGAGUUACAAUGGAAAAACCAGUGUAGUUCGAUGUAAACCUCUGACCGGACGUAUGCACCAGAUUCGUGUUCAUUUACAAUACUUAGGACAUCCAAUUAUUAAUGAUCCAAUUUAUAAUCAUGAAAGUGUGUUUGGGCCUGAUAAAGGCAAGGGAGGGUGUAUUGGAAAAACAAAGGAAAAAUUACUAGAAGAUUUAUUAAAAACUCACAACUUGCAAAAGUGGUUGUUAGAUGAUAAUCUGCCUUUAGAAGUAAAGUCUGAAAAUGGCGCGAAUGGAAGUGAAAAUCUUGUUGAUGGUACUGAAAAUAAAAUUGCCUUAUCCGCUUUAGAUCAUUAUCUGAAAGCAGAGGGUUACGAACAGUUGAGAGAUGAGUACAAAAUGAAACUUGAAAAGUUCACUAAAGAGGAAACCUGCGAUCUAUGCCACCAGAAGUAUAUGGAUCCUGAGCCGAAAGAUUUAAUAUUGUUUCUUCAUGCUUUGAAAUAUUCUGGAGAUGGAUGGGGAUUCAGCACAGAAUUGCCUGCUUGGGCACAGGAGGAUUGGGAUGAUUCUAAGAUUAUUUCCUAGUGAAAAAAAAAUAUGUUUGAGCAAAUAAUAAAACCUAUUUGUUGAUUA